CCACGGCAAGGAUGCUCAUUAACACGACUGUAAGCGAAAAAAGAACCAUAUUAAACUUGCCAGAGCCUAACAGGAAGAGGCAAAGAAGCUCUCUCUGACUACUCGAAACGACAGAUCUUUCCGCUUUCCUGUCCUUUUCUUCGCUACGAAGUCUAGAAACUGAUCUCUGUAAGAACCCGUGUUCUCGUCAAGGCAAACGUGAAAUAAUCCCCGGAAUAAUUGAUCGUCAACGCGAUGAAGAUCAACGUCGAUAAAAUGACUCGUAAAGUCGAAGUCGAUAAUCGGAUUCCUCUCCGUAAUUACUACAGAAUCGCUGAUAAUCUUCUCCGUCAGGCAAAUAUACACAGAGAAGAGAAGAAUGUAGUAGAUUUGUACAUAAUGCUACUUAGAUACUUAAGUUUGGUUUCUGAAACCAUACCUUAUCAUCGAGAUUACCAAGCUUUGUAUCAAAAAGAAAGAGCAAACUACAAGAAAAGAUCAUUUGCGGUGUUAAAUGAGCUUGAAUCAAUCAAGCCUGAAUUCCUAAGGCGAGUGGAUGAGAUAGAAAAAGCUUAUGCAAGAACACAACAAGUCGAAUUUAAUGGUUCAGGAACAUCUACUUUGGAAUGGCCACCUGCUAAUAAAAGUUCUUACUUGAGCAAGGUAAUUAUUGUCGCGCCAGUGUCAUCGUGGAAGUAUGAUAAUAAUCAUACUCAAGGGUUGUAUUUAGACAUGUCGCGAAUUGACAAGCAGUUGCAGAAGUUUUCUGUUAGUUUACCUUUACCAAAACAAGAGACUUUAUCAAGACACUCGUUUUUAGGCCCAAAUGGUUUCCGGGGCCAAUGGUCAGGACCGAGUGCAGAGAUAAAGGUUCAGUACCCUAGCAAUGCUGACUUAACCUCUACUGAAAAUUCAAGCCUGAAUCAGGCUGGACAAUAUGAUGCUAUGGCAGUAAAAGAUGCCAAUUCUGCGGCUGUUGAAUCUACAAUGGAAUCAGUUCUAUCCUUAGAUGAUGGUAGAUGGCCACGUCUGGCUGAGGACACAUGCCCAACAUUAAUUAAUGAAGCAAGGGAGGAUCCUUUUCAGUUUGUUGGCAUCAGGCAACCCUCCCCUCCUCCUGUUCUUGCUAAAGUGCAGCAGGAAUCUACUCUGAUUCCUUCAUCUAAAGUUGCUGAUCCAAGACCUGGACCAGCAAAACCUUCUGAUGAUGGAUUGCCAAGCUCUAAUUCCUAUCAACAUUUACAUGUUCCUGUAAAUUUGAUGGAAGACUUCUUGAGAUUGGCUCGGGCAAAUACGGAUAAAAAUUUAGAAACAUGUGGUGUUCUUGCUGGUUCACUGAAAAACAGGGUUUUUCACAUUACCACGCUUAUAAUUCCAAAGCAAGAGUCAACUUCAGAUUCGUGCCAGACAUUAAAUGAAGAAGAAAUAUUUGAAGUUCAAGACAAACUAUCACUUUUUCCCCUUGGAUGGAUUCAUACACAUCCAUCACAGACUUGUUUCAUGUCUUCAGUUGAUCUGCACACUCACUACUCGUAUCAGAUCAUGUUGCCUGAAGCAAUUGCAAUUGUUAUGGCCCCAACAGAUGAAUCAAGUCCACAUGGAAUUUUUCAUCUAUCUGAUCCAAGUGGUGUGUCAGUGAUUCGUAAUUGCCAGCAGAGAGGGUUUCAUCCCCAUGAGGAGUCUUCGGAUGGGAGCCCGAUUUAUGAGCACUGUUCUCAUGUUUACAUGAAUUCCAUGAUGAAGUUUGAUGUUGUUGAUCUUCGGUAAACUUGCAAGCAGGAAGAGUUUCGAUGGAAGUAUUUUUCUUCAGAGCAAGUAUGUAUGUCAAAAUGUUGUAAAUUCAAGAGUUUCAAUGAAUAGAAUGUUGUUGAAAUAGAGCGUAUACAUUUGUUUCUUAACACCAUUGGAUGGAGUUUCUGGCCUCCAUCUCCAAGAUGCACAGAUAUUACCUCACUGUAUAUGAUAAUUUUUUGUGUUGUUGACUUGUA